GGCGGGCUUGGUUCAGGCACAGGCCAGCCCAGGCAAACCGAACCAAGAAAACAAUGUUGCGUCAUGUUGUCCUCAACAGUGGGGCAAAGAUGCCUGUCAUUGGUCUCGGUACCUACCUCAUGAAGGACAAGGAGCACCAAGCGGUCUUUGAUUAUGCAUUGCACAUUGGAUAUCGACUCUUUGACACUGCAUUCUCCUAUGGGAAUUCGCAACUCCUCGGAGAAGUUCUCCAGGACAAUAUAAGGAGUGGAAAAGUCAAACGCCGAGAUCUGUUCAUCACAACCAAAGUGCCUAGUGUGUACCUGUCUCCUGCUGAUGUGAAGGAUUGUGUCAGUGAAUCUCUAGAAAUGCUUAAGUUACAGUAUGUGGACCUUUUGCUGAUUCACAAUCCGUGGGGACAGAAGAACUUGGGUCGUGUUGGUGAUGGGAAUAUUUACCCGAGAGAUAAAAACGGUGAUCGCAUCCUGUGUGAACAUGACCUCAAUGAAACUUGGAGUGCCUUUGAAAGACUCACUGAAGAGAAAAAAGUCACGAGUAUUGGACUGUCAAAUCUCACACCAUUGUUGAUAGAUCGGAUUCUAUCCAAGGCACAUAUCAUUCCAGCUAACCUUCAACUUGAAUGCAAUGCUUAUUGUCAGCAAUAUCGACUCAUCAAGUACUGUUCAGAGAGAGGGAUUAGCGUCACAGCCUAUGCACCUUUGGCACAUACUAGACAAGACACUGGGAAAACAGAUCAUGGCCAAACGGACGAUCCUGUUUUACUAAAGGACGAAGUGAUUCUCGAGAUGGCUAAGUCGUACAGAAAAACUCCGGCACAAAUUCUUCUGCGUUUUCUUCUCCAGCAGAACAUCUGUGUCGUACCGAAGAGCAGUAAACUUGACCGCUUGCAUGAAAAUCUUGACGUGUUUAAUUUCGAACUUGAUGCAAGUGACGUGAUUGCUAUAAGUAAAUUGAAUAGAAAUUUGAAACUGUUUCCAUUUGAGUGGGCGAAGAGGCACCCUGAUUACCCUAAAGAUGGGGAACAGUUCUAGACUUUUGAUAUCUUCUCUAAUGCAUUCACAGUCAUGGGGCCCAGGCUGUGGGACAGUGGACACUUCAGUUAUAAACCUAAGCCUGAACUUUGGAGAAAAUAAAAUAAAAAUAUACAUUUCCCUGGCAUCUGAGAAUUAGAAACCAGGUCUUUUUCGGCUGUUAAAAAGCAAUACUUUAAGAGCAUACCUGCUCUUGUAUUAUUUAUGUGCAACCCCCCCCCCCCCCCAGCCUAUGCCCUGACUUAUGGUUAUUAUCAAGGACCAAAUUAGAACCAAGUUCAUGUGUGCAUGUUUCAUACACUAUAAUUGUAUAAUUUGAUAAAAAAGUUGUAAGGUCUAGA